GCUUCUCCACAAACAUGAGCCUGUCCUCCUUCAGCCGAGACUUUCGCUACUAUCGUGACAGCAUAGCUGCAGAGGCCUCGCUGGUGGAGGAUGCCACAGAGAUACAGGUCAAUGCUUCCCGCAAAUUACUCAUCUCCAGGAUUGGCGGGAUGGCCUUGUUUUAUGAUGUGAAUUCUUACUACCACCCUGGACAGGUGUACGGAGGAAAGAUUAAAGUAAUGGAUUACCAAGGCAAAGCACUGAAGAACAAAGAAGUUCUCCUUGUAGUAAACUGUGCUGAGCAGCAAUUUAGGCAGAAGUACAUCACUGGGGACUCUGGAACAGCUUCAUUUAGCCUGAAUACCUCUACCUGGAACAGGACCUUGGCCUCCCUGGAGGCAAGUGUCCUGCAUCAAGAUUCAGACAGAGAGCCUGGGACAGCUGACUUGAGUUACCAGCAAGCCUCUUAUUUCAUACACCCAUUCUACAGCACCAGCAGGAGCUUCCUCUCUAUCAUCCGUGUGCCAGAGACAAUGCCCUGUGAUAAAACACAGUCUAUCCAGGUGGACUUCAAAAUUUAUGGGGAAGACCUGGAACAUGGGCCCAAGCGUGUCAUUUUCUCCUACUUUGUCACAGGGAAAAGAGGGAUAGUCCAUGCAGGUCAGCAGACUGUUUGGGUUGGGCUGCCAAGAAGUAAGUGCACUCCCCAGUGUCAUGCCAUAGCAAGCACUCAGGGGUCUGUGGCAUCCCCUCUUAUCUGGACAAAUGGUGUAAGUCUCCCUGCAAUGCAGGGGUGGCUCACCACUUGUGUGCUGUGUCAGAGCCCUGUGCCUUUCCAGAUUUCAUGUUCCCUUUGCCCUCCUGCUUUGUACCAAGAGAAUAUUCAGCAUUUCCCAGCCCAUAGGCUCAGCCUCUGUUGUCUUCAAGUCUCCUUUUGCUGCUGCUCCUGUGAGCAGCACGAAACUGCAGUCUUACUCUCCAUGGCAACAGUGUCUCCAAAUAAUCUGGAUGAUUAGGAUGCCACAUUUUAUAAAUUUGAUGGCUGUUGACCCACUGUUGCCUAUUUCUCCAGCUCUUGUUUUUUGAUUUCUGAAUUAUAAGUAUUCUGGAUAAGGUCAUCUCAUUGUUGGUGGUGGGAUGGGAGAUGUUGGGUGAGAGGAGGCUUUGAAUGAUAUCUGAGAAUCUCACUCUUUGUGGAGCCAAGCUUGAACUCCAAAGUACUGUCUUGUGUCCCCAAGGCAAUAAACAGAAAAGUCUUUUGCUGGUCUUGAAUACCAGAUUGAGAGAUGUGCUGAUUGUUUCAGCAGUCUCCAGAAAUCUCUUUGAUCUUGAAAGACUUCAGUAAAGGAGAAAAGGAUUUAAACAGGCACAUGCAGAAUGGCAAAGAUGAUCAGACUCUAUUUUCAUUAUCAAUCUUCCCUCUCCUCCAUCUAGUGCUGGAAGGCUCCUUCUCCAUUCCUCUUACGUUCAGCUUGACCUAUGCCCCAGCUCCAAGACUUGUUGUUUAUGUCAUCUUCCCUAAUGGAAAAAUCAUUGCUGAUUCUGCCAUCUUCAGUGUCUCCACGUGUUUCAGAAACAAGGUGGAGCUGAGCUUCUCUGCGCCAGAGACUCUUCCUGGCUCACAGGUUGGCCUCCGCCUGCAGGCAGCUCCUGGCUCCACGUGUGCAGUCUGGGCUGUGGAUCCCAGCGCCUUUUGGAGGAAGCCAGGAAAAGAACUGAGCAGCCACUCGAUCUAUGGGCUGUUCCCAUCUGUUUACAAUGCCAGGUAUCCUCGCCAAGUGUCUGAAGAUGAUCGUUCAUGUGGGCUCCCAAAUUCCGAUGAGCCUGAUGUGUUUACGGCAUUCAGGGAAAUGGGGUUGAAAAUUAUGUCCAACACCAACAUCAAGAAACCCAGAGUAUGCCCAACCACUCCAUUGACAACUAUGCUGCGGGGAAGAGGAAUAUCUAUUUCCAGGCCCAUGUUGACAUUUGCCCAGCCCCAUAAACUGUAUAACAAGCAUCUGACAUCAACCUAUCAGCCCACUAUGUUUCCACCUUUUUCUGCAGCUGAGGAGAAAGCACACAGGCAUUUUCACCAAACCUGGCUGUGGGAUUUGUAUUCUGUGGGCCCCAGUGGGAACAAGAGCAUCACUGUCACUGUGCCUGACGCCAUCACAGAAUGGAAAGCAGGAAUGUUCUGCACAGGAUGGAAUGGCUUUGGGUUUGCUCCAGCCUCCCGGCUGAUUGUUUCCAAGCCCUUUCUUGUGGAGCUGCCACUGCCAUCUUCUGUGGUCCAGGGUGAGACCUUCAACUUGAAGGCCACAGUCUCCAACAACCUGCAGCAAUGCAUGAGGAUCCAAGUGACCCUGGAGGAGUCUGCACGCUUCCAGCUGAAGCCAUGCAAAGGCUGUGCCUACAGCAGCUGUUUGUGUGCCGGGGAAGCCAAGACCUUUCAGUGGAGUGUCACAGCUGAGCAGCUGGGGCUUGUGAACAUCACCCUCAGCACAGAGGCUGUGGCCUCCAAAGAGCUCUGUGGUGAGGAGAUACCAUUUGUCCCAAAACAAGGACAGAAAGACACGAUCACCAAGCUCAUUCAAGUCCGGCCAGAGGGAGUGCUGGUAGAAAAGGCUCACAGCUCCAUCCUGUGUCCCGAAAAAGGGAAUCCAGCAGAGGAGUCUGUGUCCCUGGUGCUGCCUCUAAAUGUGGUUGAAGGUUCAGUCAGAGCCACCGUCUCAGUCACUGGGGACCUCAUGGGGUUGGCACUGCAGAACCUGGACCACCUGGUGCAGCUGCCCCACGGCUGUGGGGAGCAGAACAUGGUGCUGUUUGCCCCCGUUGUCUAUGUGCUGCAGUACCUGGAGAAGACGAGGCAGCUGAGCCCUGAGAUCAAGGCCAGGGCAGCAGGAUUCCUGCGCAAUGGGUACCAGAUACAGCUGCAGUAUCAGCACCCUGAUGGCUCCUACAGUGAAUUUGGUACCAAGGAUGAGUAUGGUAAUACUUGGCUGACUGCAUUUGUGGUUAAAUGCUUUGUCCAAGCCAAGCCAUACAUUUACCUGGACAACCGGAUUAUCCAGGCUGCUCUCAGCUGGCUGGAAUUCCACCAGCUUCCCAGUGGUUGCUUCAAAAAUGUGGGACAACUUUUCCACACAUUCAUGAAGGGAGGUGUAGAUGGGGAAGUCCCCUUGGCUGCCUACAUCACUGCUGCAUACUUGGAGGCAGGAGCAACACCAGAGAGCUCGGUGGUGCGCAGGGCUCUGGGCUGCAUCGCUCCUGCCCUGCCCAAGGCUGCCAGCCCUUACACCCAGGCCCUGCUGGCCUACACCUUCGCCCUGGCUAAGGACUCCCAGCGCACACAAGAGCUCCUCAACGUGCUUGACCAAAAGGCAAUCAGAGCAGAUGGGCAGAUCCACUGGAGUCAGGCCUCAUCCAAGCCCAGAACCGAUACCAGCCCUUGGUCACAGCCAGUGCCUGUGGAUGUGGAGCUGACAGCCUACGUCCUCCUGGCCCUGCUCUCCAAGCCAAAUGUCACAGAGUCUGACCUCACCAUGGCCUCUGGCAUCGUGGCCUGGCUCACCAGGCAGCAGAAUGCCUAUGGAGGCUUUGCCUCAACACAGGACACAGUGGUGGCCUUGCAGGCACUGGCCAAGUAUGCAGCACUGACACACAGCACACAGGGGGAUGCAGAGGUGAGGGUGAGGUCCCGUGGAGGCUUUGGGAAGAAGUUCCUGGUCUCCUACCAGAACCGGCUGCUGGUGCAGGAGGCAGCACUGACAGAGGUCCCGGGCAAGUUCUUGGUGCAGGCCCAUGGCAGCUGCUGUGUCUUUACUCGGCUGGUGCUGAGGUACAACACACCCUCCCCACAAGACUCCACAUCCUUUGCCUUGCAAGUGAAAACCAAGCCUGUCAAUUGCACCAAGGACAACACACGCUCCGUUACUGUCCAUGUCAAUGUCAGGUACAAUGGGAAGAAAUCCACUUCCAACAUGGUGAUUCUGGAGGUGUCCCUACCAACUGGAUUUGCCCUGGCCCCAGGAUCUGGGAUGUCUCUGCAGCAUGGACACUCUGUGAGAAGAACUGAGAAAACACAAGGAGGUGUUGCCAUCUACUUGGACAAGCUGAGCCAUAUCUCUGAUACAUAUAUCCUGCAUUUGGAGCAGGAGAUUGAGGUGACCAACCUGAAGCCAGGCCAUGUCAGGGUCUAUGACUACUACAGCCCAGAGGAGCAGGCCCUGACUGACUACAAUGUCUUCUGCAUCUGAGGGACUUGGACUGCUUCCUUACUGUCCACUGCUUCAGCUCCCAGGGAUCCCACUAGUGCAAGAUGCCUUAGGAUAGUGGGGCUGCUGCAUUAUUGCUCCUGGUAUAAUGAGACACCUGGAAAGUCACAUCUCAGGCUUGGGAUUUUGGUGCUGGGAUACAUCUCAGGCUGGAUUUCAGGACUAACUCCAGCCUAAGCUAUGCUGCUCAUCCUGACAGCCAUUACCUGGUGAAUUUUUUGGGGUGUCUGAUUAACUCUGAUUGUUUUAAUCCAAGGGUUUUCUUGCUUGCAAAAAGAAUGAAAAUAAAA